AUGUCUUCGGAAGUUUUAGUGUCCAGACCCCAUUUCGACAGCAGGUCAGUUGCCCAAGCAGGCGAUCCGCUCCCGCCCACAGACGCAGAGGCCACAUUCAUGGAGGGCUUGCAUCCCUCCUCCGGCUUGGCUACCGCGGGGUACCGUUCAGCCAAGUACAGCGCGGAGGAAUGGCACGUCAAUAACUUCUCUACCCUUCACCAGGCCGUUAUAGACCGAAACAACGCCGAGAGGAUUCGCCAUGAGUCCAAAACACUGUAUACGGAGACCGAGGCCGGGACUCUGCGCACCCAAGCUGAGGGGACGCGGCACCUAGGCGAGAGACUGCAGGAUAUCCACUUCUGGAAGUCGGAGCUGCAGCAGCACAUCGAAAAGCUGUUGGCCGAGACAGACCUCCUCCUGGGGCAGAAGAGAAGGCUGUUGAAGGCGCUGGACGCCACCGAGAUCCCGUUCGCCAUCGCCACGGAUAACCUAACCUGUCGGGAACGGCGGCUGGGGCCCGACCUGGUUAAAGACCGCGUAGAGGAGGAGCUGCUUAAGGUGAUUAAAACAAUAAGAUCGAUUUGUCUUUGCUCAAGUAAACCUAAAUACUUGUAUCAUUACAAAAUGUUACCUAGACGUUAUUUCACUAGACACUAAUCCGAAAAUAACUUGAUGGUUGUGUUUGUGUGCCACAGGAAGUGGAGUUGAUCAGGAGCAUCCAGGCUCUGUUGAAGAGAACGCUGAGUCAGGCUGUCAAUCAAAUAAAGUGAGUGACACAAUUAGACACCUCUCCCCGCAUUCAUUUCAACCAACAUUAAUAUUUCAGAUGCAUCAGCAAUAACUACAUAAAUGGUUCAUUUAUAGCAUCCUUUCUUUUCAUUUUAUUGUGUAAUCACACAUUUCCGCACAAUUAGUCUAGGAAAGGCCUAAAGGACGACAGCUGAGCUGGGUUGCAGCCUAUUCAUUAGGCACUAAACAAAGGAAAAUAGACUCAAACAGGGAAGGACUACCUGAAGUUGCCCAAUAAGAAACGCUCGUUUUCGUUUUCCAUUGCAAAUUGUUUUAAGUUUUGCUCAGUGUGCACCGGUAUGGGUGGUCCUCUGUAGCUCAAUUGGUAGAGCAUGGCGCUUGUAACGCCAGGGUAGUGGGUUCGAUCCCCGGGACCACCCAUACGUAAAAAUGUAUGCACACUUGACUGUAAGUCGCUUUGGAUAAAAGCGUCAGCUAAAUGGCAUAUUAUUGUUAUUAAUGAAUGUGACCCUGAUAUGGGUAAAAAGGUGUCCUUUGAGUUUUAGUCUUAUGGCGCCCCCUACUGUCUGCAGUACGUAGGUACUCGCACAAACCAUUCAAAGGAAAAAAGCGAGGAGGCCGAGAUGCUAAAAGGGAAAGGAGAUGGAUACCUAGUCAGUUGCACAACUGAAUACAUUCAACUGAAACGUGUCUUCUGCAAAAAGUGCUACUGCAACGUGCCAACAGUCAUUACUUUACUAACAUUGGUCCAUUUGGUCCAAAAAACAUAGUUAGCACAUUUAACAUAGGCCUAUUUUCAGGUGAAUACAUUUGAAACGUGUGUGUGUGUAUGUGUGUUCAUCCAUCAACCAUUUGUUUUUAGCCUACCUGAAAAUUCAUUUUGAACAGUGGGGCAUUAUCAUGUGUCCAGCUACACACACAGUGCUUCAUUGAAAAAUGGUAACCUGGCAACGCAGCGCAAAUAUACAAAAAGUUAUUCUUAAUUUCACUACCCCUGUGUUGCUUAGCCCCCUGCUGUACUCCCUGUUCACCCACGACUGCGUGGCCAAGCACGACUCCAACACCAUCAUUAAGUUUUCUGACGAUACAACGGUGGUAGGCCUGGUCACCGACAACAAUGAGACAGCCUAUAGGGAGGGGGUCAGAGACCUGGCAGUGUGGUACCAGGACAACAACCUCUUCCCUCAAUGUGGGCAAGAUAAAGGAGCUGAUCAUGGACUACAGGAAACGGAGGGCCGAGCACGCUCCCAUUCACAUCGACGGGGCUAUAGUGGUCCAAAUACACCAACACAGUCCUGGAAAGGGCACAGCAACGCCUCUUCCCCCUCAGGAGGCUGAAAAGAUUUGGCAUGGGUCCUCAGAUCCUCUAAAUGUUCAACAGCUGCACCGUUGAGAGCAUCUUGACUGGCUGCAUCGCAUCCAACCGCAAGGCGCUACAGAGGGUAGUGCGUACAGCCCAGUACAUCACUGGGUCCGAGCUCACUGCCAUCCAGGACCUCUAUACCAGGCUGUGUCAAAGGAAGGCCCUCAUAAUUGUCAAAGACUCCAGACACCCAAGUGAUAGACUGUUCUCUCUGCUACCGCAUGGCCAAUGGUACCAGAGUGCCAAGUCUGGGACCAAAAGGCUCCUGAACAGCUUAUACCCCCAAGCCAUUAGACUGCUGAACAGUUAAUCACAUGGCUAUUAGACUGCUGAACAGCUAAUCACAUGGCCAUUAGACUGCUGAACAGUUAAUCACAUGGCCAUUAGACUGCUGAACAGUUAAUCACAUGGCUAUUAGACUGCUGAACAGCUAAUCACAUGGCCAUUAGACUGCUGAACAGCUAAUCACAUGGCCAUUAGACUGCUGAACAGUUAAUCACAUGGCCAUUAGACUGCUAAACAGUUAAUCACAUGGCCAUUAGACUGCUGAACAGUUAAUCACAUGGCUAUUAGACUGCUGAACAGUUAAUCACAUGGCCAUUAGACUGCUGAACAGUUAAUCACAUGGCCAUUAGACUGCUGAACAGUUAAUCACAUGGCCAUUAGACGCUGAACAUUAAUCACAUGCAUUAGACUGCUGAACAUAUCACAGGCCAUUAGACUGCCUGACGUGAAUCACUUGGCUAUUAGACUGCUGACAGUUAAUCACAUGCCAUUAGACUGCUGACGUUAAUCACAUGGCCAUUAGGACUGCUGAACAUUAAUCACAUGGCUAUACUGCGACGUUAAUCACAUGCCAUUAGACUGCUGAACAGUUAAUCACAUGCAUUAGACUGCUGAACAGUUAAUCACAUGGCCAUUAGACUGCUGAACAGUUAAUCACAUGGCCAUUAGACUGCUGAACAGUUAAUCACAUGGCUAUUAGACUGCUGAACAGUUAAUCACAUGGCCAUUAGACUGCUGAACAGUUAAUCACAUGGCCAUUAGACUGCUGAACAGUUAAUCACAUGGCCAUUAGACUGCUGAACAGUUAAUCACAUGGCAUUAGACUGCUGAACAGUUAAUCACAUGGCUAUUAGACUGCUGAACAGCUAAUCACAUGGCCAUUAGACUGCUGAACAGCUAAUCACAUGGCUAUUAGACUGCUGAACAGUUAAUCACAUGGCCAUUAGACUGCUGAACAGUUAAUCACAUGGCUAUUAGACUGCUGAACAGUUAAUCACAUGGCCAUUAGACUGCUGAACAGUUAAUCACAUGGCUAUUAGACUGCUGAACAGUUAAUCACAUGGCCAUUAGACUGCUGAACAGUUAAUCACAUGGCUAUUAGACUGCUGAACAGUUAAUCACAUGGCCAUUAGACUGCUGAACAGUUAAUCACAUGGCUAUUAGACUGCUGAACAGUUAAUCACAUGGCCAUUAGACUGCUGAACAGUUAAUCACAUGGCCAUUAGACUGCUGAACAGUUAAUCACAUGGCCAUUAGACUGCAGUUAAUAGUUAAUAGUUAAUAGUGGUCCUCUGUAGCUCAAUUGGUAGAGCAUGGCGCUUGUAACGCCAGGGUAGUGGGUUCGAUCCCCGGGACCACCCAUGCGUAAAAAUGUAUGCGCACAUGACUGUAAGUCGCUUUGGAUAAAAGCGUCUGCUAAAUGGCAUAUACAUAUAUAUAUUAAUCACAUGGCUAUUAGACUGCUGAACAGUUAAUCACAUGGCUAUUAGACUGCUAAACAGUUAAUCACAUGGCUAUCAUCACUUCUGCUUUUCACCCCCUACCAGACCCUCACACUGGCUUUCUGCCCCCUACUGUCUCCCACUGUGUGUGUGUAUCAGGUGUAACAGAGAUGCCAAGCAGACUCUAGAGCUGGACUGGUCUGAUAAGUACCAGGCCUACAGUCUGGAUGACCAGUGUGGUCGCUACAACAACAUGAGUACUGACACACAGUACCACUCCAACUCAGCCAAACUCCAGGAACAGUGAGUCGCUGUAUUACACACUCUUUAUUUUUAUUAAAUAUAUAUUUUAUUGGAUGAAUGAGUGCAUACAAUUCUUGACAUAAUUAUGCACAAAUAUAUCCUUUAAAAAUAUUCUUACACACUCUAUUUCACACAAAUGUAACACAAUACGUUUGCAAUUCUAACAUGUUCCUUGGCAUGUAAAUUACUUCAGAUUUUCCUUCAGUUUCUGAAAGUCCUGUUGAAAGUUAUUCAGAUGGGUAUUAGAGCCUUGCACCAAGACGGUACCAGUGUGAUAGAGAUUGACUGUAAUGACGCCCUUUAAGUGACUGUCUUCCCCAUACACGUUGACCUGUAUGGCAUCGUUGAUGUCUCUCUCUUCAGUGUUGGGGUAAGUUUGACACAGGGCACUACGCCAGGCCGUGGGGUGGGCUGUGUAGAAAACAUAGUUGGUUUUGACUCUGUUCUUGCCCAGUGCUUUUUUGUAAUCCACUAUCAGAGUCUCUGGAUGUUUCCUCAAGACUUCCCACUUGUGAUGUUUCCCAGCCUCAGAAUCCAGACCUUCAGGGUAUUGGAUUUCAAUGGUCUGCACCACACCUAUACUGAUGCUGCCUCAAUGGUCUGCACCACACCUAUACUGAUGCUGCCUCAAUGGUCUGCACCACACCUAUACUGAUGCUGCCUCAAUGGUCUGCACCACACCUAUACUGAUGCUGCCUCAAUGGUCUGCACCACACCUAUACUGAUGCUGCCUCUAAGGCCUGCACCACACCUAUACUGAUGCUGCCUCAAUGGUCUGCACCACACCUAUACUGAUGCUGCCUCAAUGGUCUGCACCACACCUAUACUGAUGCUGCCUCAAUGGUCUGCACCACACCUAUACUGAUGCUGCCUCAAUGGUCUGCACCACACCUAUACUGAUGCUGCCUCAAUGGUCUGCACCACACCUAUACUGAUGCUGCCUCAAUGGUCUGCACCACACCUAUACUGAUGCUGCCUCAAUGGUCUGCACCACACCUAUACUGAUGCUGCCUCUAAGGCCUGUUGUUGGUGGUGUUGACAAAGUCUCUGCUUGAAUAUGCUUUAUUCCAGCUCCCUCGUGAGGUUUUACCGUCAGCAUUUUAGACUGUGAGGUUGGCCACCUCAGGCCUCCAAACAGUCCUCGUAAAGGUCUUUCCAAAAAUGUUCCAAAAACUCUGAACAUUUCAAAUGAUGUUGGAAACGCUGACUCUCAGGUAAAAAAACAAAAAAAAGAGGUAUGUUUAUCUUCAGUGUCUGACAUUGGUCAGGAUUAAAUAGACAACAACAAUCUGGGGAAUCUGUCCCUCUGUUCUAAUGUAGCCUGUUGAACAUGCAAAACAUGCAGAGAGAUCAGAAUGUUGGGAUUAUAAUGAGAUCAAAUGUUGUGAUUAUGAGAUCCGAAUGUUGUGAUUAUAAUGAGAUCAAUGUUGUGAUUGUAAUGAGAUCAGAAUGUUGUGAUUAUAAUGUGUCUGUCACUAGACUUGAUCACUAGACUAGAGGUUUGUCCAGAGAUAAAGGAGAGGCUCUUUUUGAACCAUUUUGUGCGUCACGCAUGACGUGAGUAGUGUCGUAGUUAGCAUGACGUGAGUAGUGUCGUAGUUAGCUCCUCCUUCCUACUCCCAUUCACAGGUUAGACUCAGUAGGUAAUGCAGCGUGAUGCACUGCAGACAGCGACGUCUGGUCUGGUCAGUCUCACCUCAACAAACACAAACACUAUGAAUCCCCCUUUACAGUUAAUAUGUGUCAUUAUCUGUGUGUGUCUGAUGUAGCUUUAGCCAGGAGGCAUGUGUGUGUUGUCUGUAGGCUACGUCUCCCUCCCCUCCUCUCUCUCAGGGUGUGUAGACUAACCAGGACACGUGUGUGUGUGUAUUAACAGUGUGUGUUAAUAUCUCCUUCCUCUCCUCUCUCCCAGGCUGUGUAACCGUGAUGCGUGGGUGUGUUCCACCCAGGACAACCUGUCUGUGGCGCAGCGGGAGGAGCAGGCCAGUGUGGAGCUCAGGCUGCUGGUGGAGAGGGUCCUACAGGAGACGGCUGAGGACCUGAGGGUCCAGUGCUCUAACGUAGACCAGGCCUUCAGCCAGCGCUGUCUGCAGCUCACUGAGGCCAAGACACAGCUAGAACUGCACCUCACUCAGGUUGGUGAGGGAGGUGGAGGUGUGUGUGUGUGUGUGUGUGUGUGUGUGUGUGUGGGUCAACAGCCAAAACCCAAGCCUUCCGCAAUUUAAACAAAAAAUGAAAUAGAUUGGCGCCUACCCAACAGGCAAAGUGAAUGUUUUAAAAGGAAGAAGAGGUAAAGGCAUUCAUAACAUAUCCCUAAGGUUUAUUCAGCUGAGGCUAGAAUGCAGAGAAUGCUGCACCUGAACUCAACACUGUGAGUGUGUAUAGAUCCUGGAUCAGAUCGGGGCUCAGGAGAGGAACAUGGUGUCUCUACAGAAGGCUCUGUAUGAUAAAGAGGCCCCUCUGAGAGUGGCUCAGUCCAGGCUGCACCAACGCUCACACAGACCCCACAUGGAGCUCUGCAGGGACAACCCUCAAUUCAGGUACACACGGACACACACACACACACACACACACACACACACGUACACACACACACACACACACACACACACACACACACACACACACACACACACACACACACACACACACACACACACGUACACACACACAAAUGGACAGAAGCACACACAUGCACGCAAGCCAGUAAGCACACGGACACACACCCAAACACACACCCAAACAUACACCCAGACAUACACACACACACAUCACACUUUCUCUCCCAUCUUUCACAAACACCUACACUGGUAUGACAAGCUCCUCUGCUUCCUCUCUCUCUCUCUCUCUCUCUCUCUCUCUCUCUCUCUCUCUCUCUCUCUCCUCUCUCUCUCUCCUCUCCUCCCCCCCCUCUCUCUCCCCUCCUAUCUCUCUCUUUCUGUCUCUCUCCCCCUCCCCCCUCUCUCCCCCCCCCCCCCCUCUCUCUCUCUCUCUCUCCAGUCUGGUGGGUGAGGUAGGUCAGAUCUCCCAGACCAUGUCAUCCCUGCAGCAGCAGCUGUCUGCAGCGCGGAGCUCCCUGACCCACCUGGAGGAAUCCCGCAUGGCGCUGGAGAAGGACAUCGGCUGUAAGACCCACAGUCUGCUCAUCGACAGGGAGAAGUGCAUGUCCCACCGCACCCGCUACCCCACCAUCAUAGCCCUGUCUGGGUACUGAGGAGAGA